AGUCAGUCAGUCAAAGUCAGACAGAAACGAAGAAGCAGAAACGGAGCCUGCUGCGGAGACUCAUCACCAGCGUAACCGAUCAAAGCCCGUCUUCUACCGGCCUCCAGAACACACACGCCGACAGUCGUACCGGGGAUUCGGCUUCUCUGCUGCCGGGAGAAGCGCGGAGAGCGAGGCGGCAUCGUGGCUCUCCCACCACGGGCAUGUCUGAGGGAUUCCACGGGCGAGGUUGAACUCCUGCUUUCCCCCAAAGAGGAUUCAAUGAAAAUGUCUGUGUGUGUCCACGAGAACCGGAAAUCCCGGGCUAGCACCAGCUCCAUGAACAUCUACCUGUUCCACAAGUCCUCCUACGCCGACAGCGUCCUCAUGCACCUCAAUUCUCUGCGGCAGCAACGACUCUUCACGGAUGUGCUGCUUCACGCCGGCAGCCGCUCUUUUCCAUGCCACCGCGCCGUGCUGGCCGCUUGCAGCCGUUACUUUGAGGCCAUGUUCAGCGGCGGGCUGAGGGAGAGCCAGGCUAGCGAGGUUGACUUCCACGAGUCCAUCCACCCAGAAGUCCUGGAGCUCCUGCUGGACUACGCGUACUCAUCUCGGGUGGUCAUCAACGAGGAGAAUGCAGAGUCGCUUCUGGAAGCCGGGGACAUGCUGGAGUUCCAGGACAUCAGAGAUGCAUGUGCAGAAUUCCUGGAGAGGAACCUUCACCCGUCCAACUGCCUCGGAAUGCUCCUGCUGUCAGACGCCCACCAGUGUACCAAGCUGUCGGAACUCUCCUGGAGCAUGUGCCUCAGCAACUUCCCCGCCAUUUGCAAGACGGAAGACUUCCUCCAACUGCCCAAAGACAUGGUGGUCCAGCUUUUGUCCCACGAAGAGCUGGAGACUGAAGAUGAGCGACUAGUUUAUGAGACUGCCCUGAACUGGAUCAACUAUGAUCUGGAGAGACGACACUGCGACCUUCCUGAACUCCUCAGAACGGUUCGCCUGGCUCUUUUACCCGCCAUCUUCCUGAUGGAAAACGUCUCGACUGAGGAGCUGAUCAACGCCCAGGCCAAGAGCAAGGAGCUGGUGGAUGAGGCCAUCCGCUGCAAGCUGAAGAUCCUGCAGAACGACGGCGUGGUCAAUAGUCCGUGUGCCCGUCCCCGCAAAACCAGUCAUGCCCUUUUUCUCCUGGGGGGGCAGACAUUCAUGUGUGACAAGUUGUACCUUGUGGACCAAAAGGCCAAGGAGAUCAUUCCCAAAGCAGACAUCCCGAGCCCGAGGAAGGAAUUCAGUGCCUGUGCCAUUGGUUGUAAGGUUUAUAUCACAGGGGGGCGGGGUUCAGAAAACGGGGUCUCCAAAGACGUUUGGGUCUAUGAUACGGUCCAUGAAGAAUGGUCCAAAGCGGCGCCAAUGCUCAUCGCCAGAUUCGGUCACGGCUCAGCCGAACUGAAGCACUGCCUGUAUGUGGUCGGAGGUCACACAGCGGCCACCGGCUGCCUCCCCGCCUCACCGUCGGUGUCGCUCAAACAGGUGGAACAGUUUGACCCGGUGGCCAACAAGUGGACCAUGGUGGCACCUCUGAGAGAAGGCGUGAGCAACGCGGCGGUGGUCAGCGUCAAACUCAAGCUCUUUGCUUUCGGGGGAACAAGCGUCACCCACGACAAGCUGCCCAAAGUCCAGUGCUACGACCCCCAGGAGAACCGAUGGACUGUACCUGCGUCCUGCCCGCAGCCGUGGCGCUACACCGCUGCUGCCGUGCUGGGAAACCAGAUCUUUGUCAUGGGCGGCGACACAGAGUUCUCGGCUUGCUCGGCGUACAAGUUCAGCAGCGAGAACUACCAGUGGACUAAAGUGGGCGACGUGACGGCCAAGCGCAUGAGCUGCCAGGCCGUGGCGUCGGGGAACAAACUCUACGUGGUGGGCGGGUACUUUGGCACUCAGCGCUGUAAAACCUUGGACUGCUACGACCCUACGCUGGACUCUUGGAACAGCAUCACCACGGUACCGUACUCCCUCAUUCCCACGGCCUUCGUCAGCACCUGGAAGCAUCUGCCGGCCUGAAGCCCUCAACGGGACUCAUUCCAUGAGGUUUGACGUCCUUUUACGACUGUGACGAGGCACUCAAAGAGACGAACCGGAGCUGACGCUAAACCAACCGACCAACCAGACCGCUGCUCAAGUGGGACAUUUCACCCAGACACCACCACCACUGUAUAGCAUGUAUCUAGACUGAACCAGGCACACAUGGCACAACGGAGGCGCGAAGCUCUUCAUCCUCUAAUAAGCCCCGCCCCCCUACCCUUCUAAGCGCGGCGUGUGCACGUGACGCUGUCGCCGCCUGACGAAGAUUGGCAGCUGAUGAUCAUCCGUGGAGAGUUUUCGGUGACUUGAGUUUGGGGAGGAGGAGCGGGUCACCACCGUAUUUUUUUGUUCGGCGCCUUGGCUUUGCACACUUGGCUGGACGCGAAACCUCCCUCCGCUUACUGUUAGUGUGAUCGCGCUUGCUUGCUGAGUCAUCGUUUUGUUUUGUUUUGAAACAGCAUGUGCCCUCGUAGUGACUCAGCACAACUGGCCUAAACUUUAAUAUGUGCUCAGCUUGCGGUGUCCUUUAAUUUAUACGUGUUUUAAUCCUAUUUAUUUCUCCUCUGUGUGAAGGUUUUCACGGAGGCCGCCCUGCGUGGUCACGUGACCUCGACGGGCCUUCAUUGUGCGGUCUUAAUGAGGAGGGGGGGGGGGGGGGGGAGCUCAGAUUACCCGCAGUUUGAGGCUGUUAAGACCGCGGGGGUCACGCACAACCCAGUGAAAGGAAUUCCAACUUUGGUCCAAACCUGCCUUAAAUCAGCCGCGCCGACCCCCGCACCCCAGGACCUAAAAAGUGCACCGAUGCAGCAAUUAACCAUUAAGGGGGCGAGUGUCACGCGACCAAUGGCGAGGAGCCGAAGAAUGCGGCGGUCCUUGCAGCUGUCUGCGGGACAAAUGGGUUAUGGAGGUGCGGGGUGUUUAGGUCACUUGUUGGCGCUCCUGGUCUUCCUCCCCGUGAUCCAAUAACUGUGCAGUGACAAGGGCAGACACCGCAGUGCUUUUUUACCCCCCAACCAACCACGCCAGAAACUUUGCUGACACAGAUGAUUAGAGCUCCGUUCACACUGCAGGGUAGGGUGCCCAAAUCGGAUCUUUUUUUUUUUUUGUCAAAUCCGAUCUUUUUAUGUAGUCGUUGACAUUCCAAAGAAAAUGCGAUGUCUAACGUGAACGGUAACUGACACGCACGCAGACAUGCUGUCACACGUGCUGCAGUGUAAAGUAAACAUGGCUCAUUUGUGGCAAUUUCAAGGAUUUGGUGGCGAUCAAAUUCAACAUUUUCCGGAAGGAGUUAUUUCACGUAAAAACUACGAAGGAAGAGAGCAAGCAUUUGCUUUGAAGUCAGCUCCGAAGAGCGUGUGUCGGAGACAGUAGUGGUGGAACAUUGACGUGAGCUCCUAAAACAUUAGUUUCGCCUGUUUUAUGCUCAUUUGUCAACUAUUUACAGUACAGGCCAAAAGUUUGGACACACCUUCUCAUUUCAAUGCGUUUUCUUUAUUUUCAUGACUGUUUACAUUGUAGAUUGUCACUGAAGGCAUCAAAAUUACGACACCUGUGAAGUGAAAUCCCUUUCAGGUGACUACCUCUUGAAGCCCAUCGAGAGAAUGCCAAGAGUGUGCAAAGCAGUAAUCAGAGCAAAGAAUGGCUAUUUUGAAGAAACUAGAAUAUAAAACAUGUUUUCAGUUAUUUCACCUUUAUUUGUUGAGUACAUAACUCCACAUGUUUUAUUCAUAGUUUUGAUGCCUUCCGUGACAAUCUACAAUGUAAAUAGUCAUGAAAAUAAAGAAAACGCAUUGAAUAAGAAGGUGUGUCCAAAGUUUUGGCCUGUACUGUAUAUUGCAACCGUCUAUUUUCGCAAGGAAUGAUGUAGGGCUGCAACAACUAAUCGAUUAUUAAAAUAGUUGCCGAUUAAUUUAGUAAUCGAUUCGUUGGGACUAUGAUAUGCGCAUUGUUUUUAUUUUUUGUUUUUUUUUAAUUACAUUUUUUAUUUUUAUUUUUUUAAUUAAAAAAAACCAAAAAAAAACUUUAUUUAUAAACUGCAACAUUUAUAAACAACUGAGAAACAAUAAUCAAAAUAAGUAUGGUACCAGUGUGCUGUUUUUUCCCAAUAAAAUACUGGAUAGGAUAGAAAUGUAGUUUGUCUCUUUUAUCCGAAUAUUAAUCGAUUAAUCAAAGUAAUAAUCGACAGAUUAAUCGAUUAUCAAAUUAAUCGUUAGUUGCAGCCCUAGAAUGAUGAUGCUUAUCGCUAUUUGAUGACGUAUUGGUCAAAUGAAUGCGAUCCCAUCGUUCAAACUGCAGUCACAUUCGAUGCAUAUCGGAUUUAUAUACUGGGUCAAAAUUGAAAAAUUCGGAAUAGCGUUGUUCACAUUGACAUGACUGAAAUCCGAUACAGGUCAGAUACGGGCAGAAAAACUGUCCAAAAACAUCUUGGAAUUGCAAUUGCAUGCAAAGUCUACUGUAUAACACAGUAGGCUACAUACUUGCAAAUGAGACACAAGAGUGUGAGAAAACAAUAUAACAACCAGACAGGCCAGCUCAGUACUAAAUGUUGAUGUUUCUUUUUCCUAAACUAUUAACAUUUAUAAACACAUUUGAACAUAAACAUAAGUACCGAAAAUUGUUGAGUACAGCUAUCGAUUCAAAUGUGAAAGUUAUUUUAUUGCUAUUUCAUAAUGUAUUGGUCGGGAAAAAUAGCAUUCAAUACUUAUACUCAAUUUAUUUCCACAAACGACAGAGGCCUGGGUCGGAUUUGAAAAAUUCAGAAUAGCGUUGUUCGCAUCGACAUGAAAAAAAUCCGAUACACGUAACAUAAGGGCAAAAAAACUGUCCAAAAAUGGAAUUGCAAUUGCAUGCAAAGUCUACUGUAUAAUACAGUAGGCUACAUACUUGCAAAUGAGACACAGGAGUGUAAGAAAACAAUAUAACAGCUGAAGAGCACAGCUCAUUGUUGAAUGUUAAAUAUUUUUUUCUAUACUAUUAACAUUUAUUAACACAUUUGUACAGGUAUCCAUUCAAAUGUGAAAGGUAUUUUAUCGGUAUUUGAUGACUUAUUGGUUGGAAGAACGCAACCUGAUCGUUCAAACUGCAGUCGAUCUUCGAUCCAUAUCCGAUUUUUAUUUUUUUAAUUUUUAAAUCCGAUACGGGUCACAUAUGGGCAAAAGAACUGUCCAAAAACGUCUUGGAAUAGCAACUGCAUGCAAAGUCUACUGUAUAAUACAGUAGACUUGCAAAUGAGACACAGAAGUGUAAGAAAACAACAACUGGAGAGCACAGCUCAGUAUUAAAUGUUAAAUAUUUUUUUCUAAACUAUUAACAUUUAUCAACACAUUUGAACAUACUCAUAAAAAACGAAAAUUGUUAUGUACAGUUAUCAUUUCAAAUGUAAAAGGUAUUUUAUCGCUAUUUGAUGACGUAUUGGUCGGAAGAACGCGACCUGAUUGGUCAGACUGCAGUCGAUAUUCUAUAAAUAUCCGAUUUAUAUCCACAUACGAAAGAGACCUUGGUAGGAUUUAAAACAUUUGGAAUUGCACUGUUCACAUUGACAUGAAAAAAUCCGGUACAGGCCACCUAUGAGCAAAAAGUUAGACCUUAGAUGUAUAAUACAGUAGGCUACAUACUAGCAAAUGAGACACAGAAGUGUAAGAAAACAACAACUGGAGAGCACAGCUCAGUAGUAAAUGUUAAAUAUUUUUCCUAAACUAUUAACAUUUAUCAACACAUUUGAACAUACUCAUAAAAAACGAAAAUUGUUUUGUACAGGUAUCGAUUUAAAUGUAAAAGGUAUUUUAUCGCUGUUUGAUGACGUAUUGGUCGGAAGAACGCGACGUGAUUGGUCAGACUGCAGUCGAUCUUCGAUACAUAUCCGAUUUAUAUCCACAUACAAAAGAGACUUGGGUCAGUAUUGAAACAUUUGGAACGGGACUGUUCACAUUGACAUGAAAAAAUCAGAUACAGGCCACCUUUGAGCAUAACGUUAGACCUUAGAUUUAUAAUAGAGUAGGCUACAUACUUGCAAAUGAGACACAGAAGUGUAAGAAAACAAUAUAGCAACUGGACAGCACCGCUCAGUAUUAAAUGUUAAAUAUGUAUUUUCUAAACUAAUAACAUCUAACACAUUUGAACAGAUACAUACGUACCGGUACCCAGAAUUAGUACCGUUGAGUACUGGUAUUAAUUCCCGGGUACAGGGAAUCGGUACCAUAUCAAUUCAAAUGAGAAUAGCAUUGUAUCGCUAUUUGAUGACAUAUUGGUCAGAGGAACUGCAGUCACAUUCGAUAUAUAUCCGAUUUAUAGCCACGUACGAAGGAGGCCUGGGUCCGGAUUUGCACUUUUCACAUUGACUCGAAAAAAUCCGAUACAGGUCGCAUACGGGCAAAAAAAGUUGGAAUUGACCUGCAGUGUGAACAAGGCCGAGGAGUCAUUUCGGGGGUGCUGAAUUCAAUAAUGAAUCUUUGGGCUGUUUUGUGAACCAAACUAUGUAACCUUGUGCAAGGGGUUCUAAACACGUGUGAAUUGAGCUAAUCAGCAGAGGAAAACAAGUUUGGUUGUUCCGCUCAAACAAAAACAAACAUAAGUUCCUAAAGACCAAAAAAAAAGCGACAACUUGUUGCUAUGUGAGAUGUCUUAAACGUUCCUGUCUCUGCGAUAUAUUUACAAGAAUAACUUCAAUUUUCCGCACAAUCCAACAACUCCCAAACGUGAUCUCCCCAACAACGCCAAAGGCCCCACCGAUCGCAUCAGAGCGCUACCUCCCCCGCACAAGACUGGUCUCUGUGGAAACGGACCCUUGAAUGAGCCUUGCUUUUUGUAUCCAGUUGUCCCCCUCUGCUUUAUCUGGGAACCACCGACACCAUCUCAAACCACGACGGAACCCUUUGUUGUCGUUAUGUCAUGGCGUUUCAUUUCUAUUUCCAUGCCAUUAUUUUGUAUAUUUCAUUUUUUUUUUCACAAUGUGAAAUCCAUGGCUGAAUAAACAUGAGGUUUUUCCUCUUGGCUGU